CGAUCUAUCACAUCGGAGAUGUAUUGCUUGUCUCAACAUCCACCCCUUGCGCCCGCAUAUUAUGGCGCGUGGACACCCAAGCUCACAAUCCGGCCACCAAGGCCUUGGUGUAAUAGCGACUCAAUAGUACACACUUAUUUGGGAAAAGGCGAUCUGCAUCCUGUCCUCCCCCUACAGCAUACAUGAAGGUGGCGUCCCGCCUCAAAUGGCAGUACAGAUGUCUCAGCCGUACUCUGCUCUGUUUGUUGUCUUUGAGAGUGGGGAUUUUGUUUCGGUCGCAGAGUUGGGUCAACGGGGGGAAAUAAGUUGGGAACGCGGAAUCGAUUUGGCGCCGCCACUCAGCCAUUGCCCAGGAACGCCAUAUCAUGAGAAGUGACUGUGCAUUGACAUUUAUAGGCAUGAGUGAGUGGGGUGCCAUGUGUUACGGACGAUAGAAGCAGGCCCCUCCCCAAGGAGAUUGAUUGCAAAAGCACCCCUUCUUGUCUUUCUUCCUUGCUCCCAGUGACCCUUCUUUCAGGCACGCCAAAUACGAAGACAUCAUCUCCUUGAGUUGUCGAUCCGGUCCACUCCUAACAUAAACAUCCUCCAUUGAUAUCAUGGCAGAUGCACAGAAGCAAAACGUGGCCGAGAGCACUAGCUCCGACCAGCACCUGGAGAAGGGAGCUGGGCUCGGUAGCUCUUCUGGAAUGGGUGGCACCGACCAUGAUGAGCAUGAAAUGCGUAUGCUGGGACGGACUCAGCAGCUCAACAGGAAUUUCCGUUUUAUUUCAACCCUGGGGUUUGCGUGCACCUUGAUGAGCACAUGGGAAAUCGCAUUGAUGACGAGUGCAUUUGCACUGAUCAAUGGAGGCACUGCCGGCUUGAUAUGGGGCUACUUCAUCGUCUGGAUGGGGUAUAUGUUGGUGUUUGCCACAAUUGCUGAAAUGGCAUCUAUGGCUCCAACUUCUGGGGGCCAGUACCACUGGGUGUCUGAAUUUGCACCAAGAAAAUGGCAAAGAUUCGUCAGCUACACUGUUGGCUGGACAUCUGUCCUGGGAUGGCAGACGGGCCUGGCGUCUCUUACUUUCCUGACGGGAACUAUGAUCCAAGGCCUUCUGGUUCUGAACAGGCCCGAUUACGUGCCUGAAAAUUGGCAUGGAACCCUCUUCGUUAUCGCCAUCACGGCGUUCUGUAUCAUCUUCAAUACCUUCCUCGCCAAAAAACUUCCCAUGGUGGAAGGUAUGGUACUGAUAAUCCACAUUCUUGGCUUCUUCGCCGUUCUCAUCCCUCUUUGGGUCCUGGCUCCCCGAAGCUCGCCCGCGGAUGUCUUCACUACGUUCUCCAACUUUGGGGGCUGGAAGACGACUGGACUCGCAUUCAUGGUCGGCCUAUUGUCUCCAAUCUACACUCUGAUCGGAGCCGACUCGGCCGUGCAUAUGUCCGAGGAAAUCAAGGAUGCGUCUAUUGUCCUCCCAAAGGCCAUUAUGUGGGCUGCUGUCAUGAAUGGUUCCCUGGGGUUUGUGAUGGUUAUCACUUUCUGCUUCACCCUCGGAAAUAUUCUCGAUAUUAUCGACUCGCCAACAGGCUAUCCGUUCAUCCAAGUCUUCUUCAACGCGACUCAAAGCUAUGCCGGAACAUCAAUUAUGACCUCCAUCCUCAUCGUCAAUAUUACCUCGGCAUGCAUCAGCACUGUAGCAACGGUGUCUCGCCAGACCUGGUCUUUCGCAAGAGACAAGGGGUUGCCAUUCUCUAACUUCAUUUCACACGUUAAGCCUGGGUGGAACAUACCCCUCAACGCCGUAUUGGUCACAUUUCUAAUUACCACCCUCUUAUCCCUGAUAAACAUCGGGUCGCACGUUGCAUUCAACGCCAUUGGUUCUCUCGCCGUAAGCGCCUUGCUGGCAACAUACAUGAUUUCGUUCGUCUGUCUCAUCAUCCGACGCCUGACCGGAGAUCCUCUUCCACCGCGUCGCUGGUCACUGGGACGCUAUGGCAUCUUCAUCAAUAUCGGCGCGGUACUCUAUCUGUCUGUUGUCUGGGUUUUUGUAUUCUUCCCCAUCCAGAUUCCUGUAACGCCGGAAACUAUGAAUUGGAACGCGGUCAUGUUUGGGUCUACUAUGAUCUUUGCUGUGGGUUACUAUUUCGCGGUGGGAAGAAAGGUCUACACAGCACCUGUUGAUAAGGUGAAGCGGAAUGUGUAGAAAAUUUCACGCAAGGAGCAAAAUGUAUAACAUAUUGGGAAUUGUGCUGGAAAUAUUACUCCCAACAAUCUACAUACUAUUAGAAGAAUGCUUUCAGAUAGCGAUGAAUAAUUAAAAAGUUGAAGUUGGCC